UGUUUUUAGCAAGUGCUGAACAUAGUAGGGUGAAGGCGCCUGCCUGAUAUCAAUAGGCAGGGAGUUCCAGAGUGUAGAUGCUGCCACACUAAAAUAUUGAAUUCUUACAAAUGUGGAAUGGGUAUUAUUAUGAGGCAUCUGUAAUAGUGCCAGUUCUGCAGAUUGGAGCGGUUGAGUGGGUGAACAGGAGGUGAGGCAAUCUCAUAGGUAAACUGGUCCCAAUGUGUUAAGGGCCUUAUAUCCUAAAAAUAACCCAUUGAACUUAACCUUGAACUUAUGCCUUAAGUGACUGCCCCCUUUUCUGCCCAGAAGUCCAAGGGGCUGCCACUUUUCUCUCCCUCGUCCAUAAAUCUCUCCCCCUCCCCACUUUCCCAAAAACCUUAGCCUGUCACUCCCAACUGCGGUGACGCUCAAGCGCACUUGAUCGGACUUGCCAUUAGCUAGCAUCUCUCUUUCAGCCUUUCCUCUCUCCCAUCGCCCCUUAAUGUUCCGCCAGCGGGAUGGAGUAGAGCUGCUGGGACGACCAGUAUUAUGUGUGGCGGGUCGUCAGCGCACACGGAGCUUCCCAAAGCAUGAGGGGGCCGGUGGUCCGCUUGCAAUGCGAGAAAAUGCUCAUUGUGAUGAUACAUGACCAUCAACGCAAGGCAUUUUUAGCCGCGGCAGCGCGAGGCGAGGGAGUCCGCAUCUUGCCAUCCCUCCUGUGGGGGCGCUGCUGAGCUCUGCUGGGCUAAUCUGGAUCCGCCCCACCCUCGGGCGGGGGCGUUUCUGGAGGCGAACCCCACUGUGAUUGGCUGAGCCGAGCGAAGGGUGUGGCCUGGUGGGCAGCCGCUCCUGGGAUUCAGACCGGGAGAUGUGCGCUUCUUGGCGGCGGCGCGCAGGAGUUGCUGGGAAUGAGGACCCAAAGCAGAAAGGGAAAGGGAAAGGGAAACAGCCACCAGCUAUGAACCAGAUGGGCAGCACAAGUGGUGCCAGUCCUGCUGCUGCUGUCCCCAGGCCCAACAAGCCCAAGAAUGACAUCACCAGUGAGAUGGUCCGGUCCUCCAAUGUGCUGGUGUCAGAGGAGAUGCGGGGCUUGUCCAUGCAGACCUUUGGGCUGAGAGACACCAUCAUCAAGUCUCAGCUCCUGCAGAAGGAGGAUGAAUACACAUACCUCCAGGGCUUCAGGUUUUUCGUGGGCACAUACAACGUGAAUGGCCAGUCGCCCAAGGAGACUCUCCAGCCCUGGCUGAGCCAUGAUGCUGAGCCCCCAGACAUUUACUGCGUGGGCUUCCAGGAGCUUGACCUGAGCAAAGAGGCCUUUUUCUUCAACGACACGCCAAAAGAAGAGGAAUGGUUCAAAGCUGUGACCGAGAGCCUUCACCCGGAAGCCAAGUAUGCCAAGAUAAAGCUUAUCCGGCUUGUUGGGAUCUUGAUGCUAUUCUACAUCAGGACUGAGCUCGCUGUGCAUGUUUCUGAGGUGGAGGCUGAGACUGUUGGCACGGGCAUCAUGGGGAGGAUGGGCAACAAGGGGGGAGUGGCCAUCCGAUUCCGGUUCCACAACACCACCAUCUGCUUUGUGAAUGCCCACCUGGCAGCCCACACCGAGGAGUAUGAGCGGCGGAACCAAGACUUCCGGGAUAUCUGUGGACGCAUGCAGUUCUGCCCGCCAGAGCCAGGCCUCCCACCCCUCACCAUUGGCAAGCACGAUGUGGUCUUGUGGCUGGGAGACUUGAACUACAGACUGGAGGAGCAGGAUGUGGAGCGGGUGAAGAAGCUGGUGGAGGCCCACGAUUUCGCCACCCUUUAUCAGCAUGACCAACUGAAAAAGCAGAUGGAGGCCAAGGUGGUCUUUGAAGGCUUCCUGGAGGGAGAGAUUUCCUUCCAGCCAACGUACAAAUACAACACUGGGUCUGAUGACUGGGACACCAGUGAGAAAUGCCGCACGCCAGCCUGGUGUGACCGGAUCCUGUGGAGAGGGAAGAAUAUCUCUCAGCUAAGCUACCAGAGCCACAUGGCCUUGAGGGGCAGUGACCACAAGCCAGUCAGUGCCACCUUUGACAUUGGGGUGAAGGUGGUGGACAAGGAGCUCUACCGCAGAUCCUUCGAAGACAUAGUGCGCUCCUUGGACAAGAUGGAGAAUGCCAGCAUCCCAUCGGUCACCCUCUCCAAGAGGGAGUUCCUCUUCAAGGACGUGAAGUACAUGCAGCUCCAGGUGGCGUCCUUCACCAUCCACAAUGGGCCCGUUCCUUGCCAGUUUGAGUUCAUCAACAAGCUGGAUGAAGAGGCCUACUGCAAGCCAUGGCUGAUGGCAAAACCCAACAAGGGCUUUCUGUUACCUGAUGCCGAGGUGACUGUCGAGUUGGAACUGUUUGUGAACAAGUCAACAGUAACGCGCUUGAACUCUGGAGAGGAACAGCUGGAGGACAUCCUGGUGCUGCACCUCGACCGGGGCAAAGAUUACUUCUUGUCUGUGUCAGGGAACUACCUGCCCAGCUGCUUCGGGUGCCCCCUGCAGACCCUCUGCCACAUGAGGGAGCCCAUUCAAGAGAUGUCGCCAGAGGCCAUCAGGAAGCUAGUUCUGCUGCCAUUGUGGUCAAGUGACGAUGAUGCCUCCUGGCCCGAGAAGCCAUUGGACAUUCCUAAGGAGUUGUGGAUGAUGGUUGACCACCUGUACCGGAAUGCUUGCCAGCAGGAGGACCUCUUCCAGCAGCCGGGCCUGAGGACUGAGUUUGAACAGAUCCGCGAUUGCCUGGACACAGGGAUGAUGGAUACGCUCAAUGGCAGCAACCACUCGGUGGCGGAAGCUUUGCUGCUCUUCUUGGAGAGUCUCCCCGAGCCGGUCAUCUGCUACACACUGUACGACAAGUGCUUGGAGGCUGCUGACAGCCAUGUGCUGAGCAAUCAGGUGGUUUCCACGCUGCCCAAGUGUCAUAAGAAUGUCUUCAGUUAUCUGAUAGCAUUUCUGCGGGAACUACUGCAGCACUCUGUGAAAAACCACUUGGAUGUGAAUAUUCUUGGUAGCAUAUUCGGGGGGCUACUGCUCCGUCCCCCUCCUGGUCACACCAUGCCAGGCACUGCCGAGAAGCGGAAAGUUCAGCAAUUCAUCCAGCAGUUCCUCUUGCGGGAAGAGAUCACACUGUGAAGGCCAAGGACUUGUAACUAUAGGCAGGGCUUCUGUAAAAAAAAUAGUUUUGUAUAUUCAGAAAAUUAGAUUUUGCAGUAAUUGUUUUUUUUUAAAAUGUAAAGACGUGUACAUACUUUUUAAUUCUGGAGCACAGAUCAGGUGGGAAGAAGCAGCUGCUACUGUGUUAGCAGCACUAUAAAGCACAGUGAGUUUUUAUAUUAAACUAGCAGUCAGUCUGCACACUGGAUCUUGACUGUGGUAUGUCAUGUUUUGUGACAAAACAAUGACUUUAUCUGCCAUUGCCUUAAUGCUUAAUCUUUGAUAACCUAAAUCAGCUACUUUUAUAAGCAAAGAAUGUAACAUAAAUAUAAUUAAACACAUUAACUUAA